GUUGGAGAGUGAGACGCCGCGACACAAACGCCUCCCCUCUACCUCCACGCACCUCUCACUCUCCUGCCUAUUCUCCCAGAACCUUGUCACCCCUUGAAGUACAACAUAUUCACCAAAAUACCACUCUAAAGUGUAAAAUCUCACUAAAUCCUCCAUCCUUGCAAGCUCCGGUAACCGAUCACCGGACCCAAAAUCAAACACCAUGCAGCCGGGAGAGACAGUUUUCCGGUCAGCUCUUGACAAACCCCUACACCAGCUAACAGAAGAUGAUAUUUCUCAGGUCACUCGCGAAGAUUGCCGCCGUUACCUCAAAGAAAAAGGUAUGAGAAGGCCGUCGUGGAACAAAUCGCAGGCAAUACAGCAAGUGAUUUCACUCAAAACACUCCUCGAAGCGACGCCGGAGACUGAAUCUCCAAGGCGACGACUCUACAUUCCCCGCCCUCCUCCUCAUCCUCCUGAUAACACUACUCGUGUCCCUCCAAAUUCCUCUGUUUCAGAGAGGGGAGCAAGUACUGAAACGCCGAUCUCGGUGCCAGCCGAGGAGCCAGUUCCGUGCCGGCAACACGAUCCUCCAAAUCCCGAUGUUCUUGCCGAUCCUCUGCCUCCUGUCCAUGCUGCCGUCACCGAGAAUGCUUCGGUUUCACCAAGAACUACAGGCAUGGCAAAAGAAUCAGCAGGACAGAUGGCAAUUUUUUACUGUGGGAAGGUAAACGUCUAUGAUGAUGUACCGAGAGACAAGGCGCAAGCAAUAAUGCAUCUUGCUGCAAGCCCAUUUGCUCCACCUCAGGAUGCUUCUUCAGAUGUAAUUCCGACAUUAAGGCCUUUACAAUGCCAGUUAGAAACUCCAGGUGUCAAAGCUGCUCCAAAUUCAAUUGUGGCGAACUUUCCAACCCUGCCAACAGUGAAAGGGGCAGAUAGUGGUCAGAUUCUCUGGGAAGAAAGCAACAUAGCUCGUGAAGACAACCUAGAAGGCUCUACAAGCAGAAAAGCAUCCUUACAAAGAUAUUUUGAGAAGAAGAAAGACAGGUUCAAGAACAAGAGAAAGGUGGCAGUGCCUUCUGCUAGCUUGGACGUCUACUUAAGCCAUCUGGUUGGAGAUCAAAUCUCAAAUGAUCAUUGGAACCUAAAUGAUGCCUGCUCUCCUUCCCAACCCAGGCCUCCCCAAACGCCUAACCGGUGCAACUCUGUUGACAAUGUAGCAAAAAAUGGCAUCCUCAAAGCUGACCUUAACAACAAAGAUGUACCAGAAAUCUGAAAUCUGAAUACAUGGAGGAUGAAUCUGUUGCACAGCAUGCGGUUCGUUCUUUUGAGCAAGGAAUCGCGUCGAUCGCUAUCCGAUGACCCAUUUUGAUAUCAAUCAAGGCAGUAGAGUUUAGCUCCCUUGGAAGGGUUUGUACUAUAAGGUAAAUAGCUUGUUGUAGUAACUGCGGCCAUUUUAAAGUUAUUAAUGAGGAAACAAAUUAGAAGAGAA